AUGGUAAAAGACUGUACGUUUUGCUCUAUUUCAGUGCCUGAUGACCUCUCCAUAGAAGAAAGAGAAGAGCUUUUAAAUAUUCGUCGCAGGAAAAAAGAACUGAUUGAUGAUAUUGAGAGAUUAAAAUUUGAAAUUGCCGAGGUUAUGACAGAGAUUGAUAAUCUGACAAGUGUAGAAGAAAGCAAAACUACACAGAGAAACAAGCAAAUAGCCAUGGGAAGGAAGAAAUUCAACAUGGACCCUAAGAAGGGAAUACAGUUUCUGAUAGAAAAUGACCUCCUGCAGAACACUGCAGAAGACAUUGCACAGUUCCUUUAUAAAGGAGAAGGAUUAAAUAAAACGGUAAUUGGAGAUUACCUCGGUGAAAGAGAUGAAUUUAAUAUUAAAGUUCUUCAGGCUUUUGUUGAACUCCAUGAGUUUGCUGAUCUCAAUCUUGUACAAGCCUUAAGGCAGUUUCUGUGGAGCUUCCGACUCCCAGGAGAGGCUCAAAAAAUUGAUCGUAUGAUGGAAGCUUUUGCUUCACGCUAUUGUCUUUGUAACCCAGGAGUCUUCCAGUCUACAGAUACAUGCUAUGUGCUUUCAUUUGCCAUCAUUAUGUUAAAUACCAGCCUGCACAACCACAACGUACGCGAUAAACCGUCAGUAGAGAGAUUUAUUUCUAUGAAUCGUGGAAUUAAUGAAGGUGGAGACCUUCCAGAAGAGUUGCUGCGGAAUUUAUAUGAAAGUAUUAAGAAUGAGCCGUUUAAAAUUCCCGAGGAUGAUGGAAAUGAUCUAACGCAUACAUUUUUUAAUCCGGACAGAGAAGGUUGGCUGCUGAAAUUAGGGGGAAGAGUGAAAACGUGGAAGCGGAGAUGGUUUAUUCUGACUGACAAUUGCCUCUAUUACUUUGAAUACACAACGGACAAAGAACCUAGAGGAAUUAUUCCAUUAGAAAAUCUUAGCAUAAGAGAAGUGGAAGACCCUAGAAAACCAAACUGCUUUGAGCUCUAUAACCCCAGUCAUAAAGGUCAAGUGAUUAAAGCCUGUAAAACUGAAGCUGAUGGUCGGGUGGUGGAAGGCAACCACGUGGUGUAUAGAAUAUCUGCUCCCACCCCGGAGGAAAAGGAAGAGUGGAUUAAAUCCAUCAAAGCGAGUAUCAGCAGGGACCCUUUCUAUGAUAUGCUGGCAACAAGGAAACGAAGAAUUGCAAAUAAGAAAUAGAACAUGAUCAGAACACGCAUACCUACAUUGGCCUGUAAAUGAGCAUACAGUUGGGUGAUAAUGGAAAAAUUGGACAAACUAAAUGAAGACAGUAACUGUAAAUGUUAUAUAUACACUUUACUAUGACAUAAAAACUUGGCAAGACCUUUCAGGGUAAAUAGUUAUUGGUGUAUAAUUUGAACUGAGCUUCAAAUCCCAGAGGAUGGUUAUAUUGGAACUUAAUGCAACUAAAACCACGGAAGCCUUGUUUUCACUUCAGUUAGUUCCAGCUCCAGCUCCCUGGGUGUUGGAGGCUCCCAGUAAAAUGUUGGUAUCUGUUACCUGAGCGCCUUUCCCAGAAAGGGAGGAGUCUGGAAGACUCUCACCUCUCACUAAAACACAGCACCAGAAGUGGAGAACAGUAUUUAAUUUUUCUGUGAGCAGAAACCCCGCAGUCUCAGUCUCAGUUUUCAAGUCCUGUGUGUUUUGCAGGAAACAAGCAGCCGAGCGCAGCUUUCCUUUAGGAUUCGCGCUCCCGCCCGGACGGAAACAGCUUUUCUUCCUCUGGGAAAGGCGGCGCCGGAGGGUUUGGCCGAGGUGCCCCCAAACACAGGGGGAACCAGCAGCAGAGGCUCCCGUGGGCAGUGAGAGCAGGUACAGACCCGGGGUGGCGUUGGCUGGUUCCUGCCUGCUCCCGCGCUCGCAGCGGGCGGUGAGCUUUGGUUACUGCAUUAAUCUGCUUUUUAUAGAGUAACAUCCUUCUUACGUUUUAGGUGUGUUGUAGUUUAGUUAACACUAAGUUGCUACUGAAGGAGGAAGGUGACAGGGCUUGCACGAGUUCAGGGUUUGCCUGUGAAACUCCCCCAAAUAGUUUCACGUGCAUUUAAUGUUUUUAAAGGGAAAAGCCAGGAAGGUGGAAUCUUUCUGUAAGACGCAGCCCUGGGUUUAACCAAGCAGGAUUCAGUCCUGUGCUUGAUAACAAACUUUGGACAUACAGACAAGUUCAGUGUUUCUAUUGUGUUCUUAAAGGUGAUCUUUCAGAUCUGUGCUUCAGCAGUUGAAAUUGAAGAAAUGAAUAGAGAUCCUUAUUUUUACUUAAAAAAUCCAAAUCUUACACGUGGAUCCCUAGUGCAACCAAACUCCCCCACAAGCAUGUGUCUCGUAGUUUGUGGAAGAUCUUUCUGUCCUGCUGAGAGUCUUCCAGCAGCACCUGACCUGCUCUGGCAGCUACUACAGCGCUUUCCUAUUGACAGUGCACACGCGGCUCUGAAGGAAGGGCCCCAAAUUCCACCCUGGGGGAAAAAAGUGGGGUUUUUUGAACCCUGCUGCUUCUGUUAGUACUCAGUUUUUCACAAACUCAUUGAACCAGAGCCCUGAGGGCUGAGGAGACCCAAUGCUCUGUCAAAGCACUUCUGCUGGUUGUGUCCUGAAGCAUCUUGAUGUGCUGUGGGAAACACUGAUGUACUGAGUUACUCUGUUCCAAAUCCCCUUGAACCAUGAGGGAGAGUCUGUUGGGUUGUUCCUGUCUCACUGCUUUGCCUUGUUGUGCAUGGGGUGUCAGCCCAUGAAUGCUCCGCUUCAUUAUUGCACAUUUGCAGAAAAGGCCUAGAGGAAAAGAACAAAGUAAACUUUCCUGCAGCAUGGAUUUUCCCCAGAGUGUGUAGAAUUGCUUCUGCUCAGAUGGGUGUUCAAAUCCGAGCAUUUUCCAGGGGGUAAAACUCAGCCAAAAGAGUAGAGUCCCUGAACUUGUACCAGUGUGGGGACGUGUCUGCCCAGUGGAACACAUUUAAACUCUUUCCAGAAAGGAGCUGUAUGUCCUGUGUUAGCAGAGCAGCGUGAUCGCAGCGCUGCCGUCCCCGGGCUGGGGUCUCCUGUUCCCCAGCUGCCGGUUGUUCCCAGGCAGCCCAUGGGGUGUAGCUUUGCCCAGGAGAUCUGUAACACAAAUAGCCAUCAGCCAGAACCCAUGGUACUGAGGAGUGUCAAGGGGAAAAGCAGCAGAUAAGUAUUUCUGGAGAAAUGUGAGAUGACAAAAGCAUUAAGAAGCCGUGAAGCACUUUUGUGUCAAUUCUUUUCUUCUGAAAUAUCACCUUCAGGAAAGUCUAUUUAUUAGCCGGGUGCGGAAGUCUGCCCAUAAGCAUGAAGGAAAUGCCUUGAGAGUUCAUUUGCUGUAUUUAGUUUGAAGUUCUUAUAUCCGGCAGAAAUAAUUAUUUAGAGUAACAUGUAACUGAGGAUAUUAUAGCAGGAAAUAUAUUAUUUCUUAGCAUUAAAAUGCGACAUCUUAAACAGCUAUUUGUGGUGCUCAAUAUAUCUAUUUCAUUUACCAAAGCUAAUGGAAUAGCAUUCUUGUGUGUGAUAAUAUUUGAUUUCAAAUGUUCUUUAUAACAGUAUUAACAGGGAGUGAAACUGGCCCAAAAUUUCCACUGGCCACGAGGCCAGUAAAACAAAGUGGCUUGUGAAAAUUUUGGCCAAAUCAGGUACUAUCCACAAGGGUGAAAAAUCUCUCUCAACCUUUCCUUUUCUUACUGGGCUGUGAGUCCAGGGGUGGUGCUCGGGUGGCCCCUGGGUGGCCCGGUGCAGUCUGCGGGGCUCGGGGGGUCCCGGGGGCCGCGGGGGUUCCCUCCCCGGGGCCGGCCCCCGCCAGCUCCUCCGCUCCUCCCCGGCUGUGGGGCCGCAGCAGCCACCAGCCCUUUGGCCACUGCCAGCGGCCCCGGGCCAGCGCGGCCGGGGAACUGCGCUAACGCUUAAGCUCAGCUGGACUGACUUAAAUUUUACAAUGUUCUGACAAAAUAAGCUCUAUGUCACUUCACAUUUUGAACCAUUUUGAACUGGUACAAAACUGAACCUUUGUAAACCGAGCAGCAUUUAUAAUGCUUCCUAUAUAAAAACAAUGCCUAUUUUUAAGAUGUAUUACGUAUCUCUGUAGAUAUGCUUGCUGGAAAAGCUGGGUCUGGUGUAGACCAAAUGCUACAAAUUAAGACUUGUGGCUUCCCAGUUUCAUUUCUAUAUUUUCUUGGAAAAUGUUUCUAGCUAGAGUUUAAAUAUAAAAUGUAAAUACUGUACAGAUACGUAUUGAUAUAAGUAUUCCUUGGUGUACACAAGUGAUUUGCAUGACAAAUACUCUGUAUCAAUCAUUGUUAAAAAUGUGAUGUUCUAUGUAAAUCCACUACAAUAUUAAUGUUUUCAUUUAUCAUUAAGACCUGUUGCUUAAACCGGGAGAUUUUAUCAAAAAUAAAGUGUGAAACUAUA